AUGCCUACGGUCGGCAUAUUACGAGAUCCGCUCUUUGAGGCCCUCGGCCGCUCGUACACGGAGGACGAGUUCCAGGAGCUCUGCUUCGAGUUUGGCAUCGAGCUGGACGACGUGGAGGAGGAGGAGGACGCGGGAACAAAGACGCGCGGCGCUGCGUCCGGCGAGAAGGUGGUCACCUACAAGAUCGAGGUGCCGGCCAACCGGUACGACAUCCUGUGCCUCGAAGGGAUGAAGCGGGCGCUGCGUGUCUUCCUCGGCCUCGACAGCCCUCCGACGUACACGCUCUCGCCGCCUGAGCCGCAGCUGCGCAUCACCGUCGAGCCGCCG